UUCAUGUGUCCUGCAGCUCGGAGUCCAGUGUUGUCCCACCUGUCGUCGUCUCUUCAGGGCCUGUGGACCAUCCGAGCCUUUGGAGCAGAGGAGAGGUUCCAGAAAGCCUUCGAUGCCCAGCAGGACCUGCACUCAGAGGCCUGGUUCCUGUUGCUGACCACCUCUCGCUGGUUUGCUGUCCGUCUCCACGGCAUCUGCUCCAUCUUUGUUACCGUCACCACCUUUGGCUGCCUGCUGCUCAGAGACCGUGCAGCUGAAGUCCGCGGAGGAGGAGCUGCCCGGGCAGUUGGAGACGGUUCUGGCCGAGUCGGGCUCCACCUUCAGCGUGGGCCAGAGGCAGCUGGUGUGUCUGGCCAGAGCCAUCCUGAGGAAGAACCGCAUCCUGGUCAUCCACAAGGCCACGGCCAACGUGGACCCCAGGACAGAUGAGCUGAUCCCUCAUCAUCUCAACACCAUCAUAGACAGCGACAGGAUACCGGUGAGUCCUCU